AUGCCACAUCCAUCUCUUGGAGCUAUGAAUGUCUUUGGAAAAGAAAAGCCAGCUGAAGAAGAUAAGAAAAAAGCCAAGCGUCCUGAUUUAAAGGCAAUAUCUAAGAUGUUGGAAGCUAAUGCUAUAAUGUAUCCCACAAAAAGAAUUGGCGAUCUUCCAGGUAUCGAUGUUGGGCACCGGUUCUAUUCCAGAGCUGAAAUGGUUGCUGUUGGUUUUCAUAGCCACUGGCUGAAUGGAAUUGAUUAUAUGGGGCAGUCCUACAAGAAGGGGGUGUACCAUAAAUAUGCAUUCCCACUUGCUGUAGCCAUUGUUAUAUCGGGGAUGUAUGAGGAUGAUCUGGAUAAUGCUGAGGAUGUUGUCUAUACUGGUCAAGGUGGGCAUGAUUUAACUGGAAAUAAGCGUCAAAUUCGUGACCAAAAGUUGGAACGUGGUAAUUUGGCAUUGAAGAAUUGUGUGGAGCAAUGUGUUCCUAUACGGGUUGUUCGUGGCCAUGAAUGUGCCAGCAGCUACUGUGGCAAAGUUUACACCUAUGAUGGCUUGUACAAGGUUGUUCAAUAUUGGGCAGAGAAAGGUUUAUCUGGAUUUACGGUGUUUAAGUAUCGACUGAGGCGGCUGGAAGGACAACCGAUUCUGACCACCAACCAGGCCAUUACCACAGGGUUGACUAUGAAUCCAAAUAUGUGGUUUGUUUUAGUGCUUGGUUACCGUAAACAAAUGGUGUUUGCACAGGCAUUCAAAGUACCAGCUCAGAUUGCUUCUGGGGUUCAAUUCAGUUAUGGACGUGUUCCCCAGUCUGUCGCCGAAAUCCGAGGGUAUAAGAAGAAAUCAUUCUAUCAUAUACUCAGAUCUCUUCAAAUUGCCAAAAAUGUAAAGCUUCCUACAAAUGUGACUGGAUGCAACUGUGAGGGGAGUUGUGUGGAUCCUAGGACUUGUGCUUGUGCAAAGCUUAAUGGCUCUGAUUUUCCAUAUGUGCAUUGUCAUGGUGGCAGGCUAAUUGAAGCUAGGGCUGUUGUUUUCGAAUGUGGACCUGGUUGUGGAUGCGGGCCUGGAUGUGUAAACCGAACAUCUCAACGAGGCAUCAAGCAUCGUCUUGAGGUUUUCCGUACUCCUAAGAAAGGAUGGGCUGUUAGAUCAUGGGACUUUAUACCUGCUGGGGCACCUGUCUGUGAGUACGUAGGGGUACUUAUGAGAACAGAAGACACAGAUCAUAGGCGAUUAGGUGAUGUAUUGGUACCAGCAAUUAACAACUUUGAUGGAGAUGAUCAGAAGUCUGAAAGUGUUCCAGAGUUUUGUAUUGAUGCAGGUUCGACUGGAAAUAUUGCCAGAUUCAUCAAUCAUAGUUGUGAGCCCAAUCUCUUCGUGCAGUGUGUCCUGAGCUCGCACCAUGAUGUCAAACUUGCUCGGGUGAUGCUAUUCGCAGCAGACAACAUACCUCCUUUGCAGGAGCUUACUUAUGACUAUGGCUAUGCCCUGGAUAGCGUCUCUGGACCUGAUGGAAAAAUAAUUCAGAUGUCCUGCUACUGUGGUGCAGCAGGUUGUAGGAAGCGCUUGUUUUAG